AUGGAGGAGAUACGAGAGACUGCACAAGUCUACUACAAGGCCAUGCCCAAAAAGGCUAGGAAAUUGGCGAAGGAGUUUUUCAAGAAAAUGGAUGAUAACGAAGAUGGAAAAGCAAGCCUAACCGAGUUUGCAGGAUUAAUGGGAGAAGAAGGGUAUGAAGCCAUGAACAAUCCCACAUUCUUCGAAGAAAUCAACAAGAACAAAAAUGGAGAGCUUGAUUUCGACAAUGUCAAGAUGCUCUACUACAUAAUACAGAGUGGGAGGCCAAUGUGUGGUUGUUGCAGAAAGUUGAUUGUGGGAAUGUAUUUCACUUGUGUCAAAUGUUUCAGCUGUGACCCCAAGAGCUUUUGUCUUCACCCUACCUGUUUUGGCCGUGGAAAGUAUGUUCACAAGCAUUCUGAUUUCUUGGACAUUUAUGCUUUGCUUGAAUCCAUCAAACACAAUGGAUUGCCUAGUGGAGAUGCUCGGACAAAUCAAGUAUAA